AUGAAUAUAACAAAAACACUCACAAAUUUAACGUAUCAUCUUGCUUUAGGAGCUAUAAGUUUAUUGGACCGCGGCACAUUUUGUCACGCGGCAAGCAUUUCCGCGUCCAGUGUGCAGAAGCCCUUAAAUCAGUAUGGUGACUUUAUGCUGGCUGCCCAUUGGUCCAGCGAUCUUAUGCUAGACUUAUGCUUUGUUACGCAUUUCAUAUGCUUCUGGCCAAAGUCUGUGCUUCCGACUUUCCUUUUCCCGAGCGACCAUCGUGUCGAAGUGGCGGAACUGUUAAUGGUUGCAAUAGUUAGAGGCGCAGGAAAGGCUGCACAGGAAUUCCUGAAGAAUUAUCCUAACAAUGAGGCUGCCAGCAUUCUCAGCAGUUCUAAAAUGACGUGCCUGCAUGUCGCCGCGAGGGAGGGUCAGCGCGAACUAUGCACCCUCCUUCUGGAUGCUGGUGCUUCUUUACAUAUGGCCGACGAGAAGGGAAACACGCCUUUACAUUAUACGAUACUCAGUAAUCAACCGGAGAUAACGGAUCUAUUGUUAUCGCGCGGCGCAGCCGUCGAUGCCGUCAACAACGUCGGACGUAGUGCUCUGCAUGAGGCUGUGUUGUAUGGUCACCGGGAACUCUGCACCCUUCUUUUAAACGCUGGUGCUUCUUUAGAUACAGUCACUAAGAAAGGAAACACGCCCUUAUUUUGCGCGGUAUUCAACAAUCAGCCAGAGAUAGCUGAUCUACUGUUAUCUUGCGGCGCAUCCAUCGAUGUCGUCAACAACGCCGGACGUAAUGCUCUGCAUGAGGCCGCAUUGUAUGGUCACCGCGAACUCUGCACCCUCCUUUUGGACGCUGGUGCUUCUUUGCGUGCAGUCAGUAAGAAUGGAAACACGCCCUUGCAUUGCGCGGUACUGAAAAAUCACCCAGAAACAACGGGUCUACUAUUAUCGCGAGGCGCAGCCAUAAAUGCUCUCAACGACGACGGAGAUAGUGCUCUGCAUGUGGCCGCAUGGUAUGGUUACCACAAACCCUGCAUCCUCCUUCUGGACGCUGGCGCUUCUUUACAUGUGGUCAACAAGAAAGGAAAAAUGCCUUUGCAUUACGCGGCAUGCAGGUACGUUGGAAGUCGUUACUGGAUC